GAGCGUCGGCCGCCGGCCCCAGGUGGCAGGUGGGGCUGGCGCUGUGGGCGCCGCCCCCGCGGUCUACUCCUCCUGCGCCGCGUCCGCGCCCGCAGCCCGCAGACUUGGAGGUUUGCGCGCGGGCCCGGCGCGCCUCCCUCCCUCCGGGAGCCGGGCUGCUGAGCAGCCAUGAAGAGCCUCAAGUCCCGCCUGAGGAGGCAGGACGCGCCCGGCCCUGCGUCGUCCACCGCCGCCGCAGCCAGCGCGCAUGCAGCAGAUUGGAAUAAAUAUGAUGACCGAUUGAUGAAAGCUGCAGAAAGAGGGGAUGUGGAGAAAGUGUCCUCCAUCCUUGCGAAGAAGGGAGUCAAUCCAGGCAAACUAGACGUGGAGGGCAGAUCUGCCUUUCAUGUUGUGGCCUCAAAGGGGAAUCUUGAGUGUUUGAAUGCCAUCCUCAUACAUGGAGUUGAUAUUACAACCAGCGACUCUGUAGGGAGAAAUGCGCUUCACCUGGCUGCUAAGUAUGGACAUGCAUUGUGCCUACAAAAACUUCUGCAGUAUAAUUGUCCCACUGAACAUGUGGACCUGCACGGAAGGACUGCACUUCAUGACGCAGCAAUGGCAGACUGUCCUUCCAGCAUCCAGCUGCUCUGUGACCAUGGGGCCUCUGUGAAUGCCAAGGACAUAGAUGGGCGGACACCACUUGUUCUGGCUACUCAGAUGUGCAGGCCAACCAUCUGUCAACUGCUGAUAGACAGAGGGGCGGAUAUCAAUUCCAGAGACAAACAAAACAGAACUGCUCUCAUGCUGGGUUGUGAAUAUGGCUGCAGAGACGCAGUGGAAAUCUUAAUUAAAAAUGGUGCAGAUGUAAGCUUGCUGGACGCCCUUGGCCAUGAUAGCUCUUACUAUGCACGAAUUGGUGACAAUCUGGACAUUCUAGCCUUACUGAAGACUGCGAUGGAAAAUACCAGUAAAGGAAGAGAACUUUGGAAGAAAGGACCAUCUUUGCAACAGCGGAAUUUGACACAUGUGCAAGAUGAAGUCAGCAUGAAAUCCAGUCAGAGGGAGCAUCAGAACAUUCAGGAUUUGGAGGUUGAAAAUGAAGAUUUGAAAGAGAGGUUGAGGAAAAUUCAGCAAGAACAAAGAAUUCUAUUGGAUAAAGUCAAUGGUCUACAGUUACAGCUGAAUGAGGAAGUAAUGGUUGCUGACGAUCUGGAAAGUGAGAGAGAAAAGCUGAAGUCCCUUUUGGCAGCUAAAGAAAAGCAACAUGAAGAAAGUUUAAGAACCAUUGAAGCUCUGAAAAAUCGAUUUAAGUAUUUAGAGAGUGAUCAUUUAGGAUCAGGAAGUCACUUCAGUAACCGAAAAGAAGAUGUGCUCAAACAAGGUCCAAUGUAUAUGAUGGAAUCUCAGUGCACUUCCCCUGGACUGCCAGCCCACAUGCAAAGUAGGUCUAUGCUAAGACCCCUGGAGGUAUCACUACCCAGUCAAAGCUCACACUCAGAAAACGAGAUUUUAAAGAAAGAGCUAGAAGCAAUGCGAACUUUCUGUGACUCAGCAAAACAAGACCGGCUCAAACUCCAAAAUGAACUGGCGCACAAGGUGGCAGAAUGCAAAGCUUUAGCUUUAGAAUGUGAAAGAGUCAAGGAGGACUCCGAUGAGCAGAUAAAGCAGUUAGAAGAUGCCUUAAAAGAUGUGCAGAAGCGGAUGUAUGAGUCAGAAGGCAAAGUGAAGCAAAUGCAGACCCAUUUCCUUGCCCUUAAGGAGCACCUGACAAGUGAAGCGGCCACAGGAAACCACAGAGUCAUGGAGGAGCUGAAGGACCAGUUGAAAGACAUGAAAGCAAAAUACGAAGGCGCCUCAGCAGAAGUGGGAAAACUACGAAACCAAAUCAAGCAAAAUGAGAUGUUAGUGGAAGAGUUUAAGAGGGAUGAAGGCAGGCUGGUGGAGGAAAAGAAACGAUUGCAGAAGGAAUUUAGUAUGUGCGAAAUGGAGCGGGAAAAGAAAGGAAGGAAGGUCGUGGAGAUGGAAGGGCAGUUAAAAGAAUUGUUAGCCAAGGUGGCCCUGUCCAUCCCAACCGAGAAGUUUGAGAACAUGAAGAGCUUACUAUCAAAUGAAGUGAACGAGAAAGCAAAGAAGCUAGUAGAGAUGGAAAGGGAGUAUGAGCGAUCACUUAGUGAAAUUCGGCAGUUAAAGAGAGAGCUCGAGAAUGUCAGGGCCAGGCUCGCGCAGCAAGUCAGCCCGGAGGAACACGAGCAGCUCAAGGGCAGGCUAGAGCAAAAGUCCGGAGAGCUCGGGAGGAAGGUCACCGAGUUAACGCUGAAAAACCAGACUCUCCAAAAGGAGCUUGAGAAGGUUCAUCUGGAUAACAAGCUCCUCAGCCAGCAAGUGCAUAACCUAAGCACGGAGAUGAAAACUCAUUACGUCCCUCUAAAAGUCAGUGAAGAAAUGAAAAAGUCACAUGAUGUUAAUAUUGAUGAUUUGAAUAAAAAGCUUUCAGAGGCAACACAGAAAUAUACAGAAAAGAAAUCUGAAGUGGAGAAAUUGUUGAUGGAAAAUGACAGGUUACGUAAGAACAUUAACCGCCUGGAAACUGUGUUCAUUCCUCCUGAGAAACAUGAAAAAGAGAUGAUGGCCCUGAAAUUCAAUAUUGUUGAACUUAAAAAACAGCUAUCUGAACUUAAUAAAAAAUGUGGCGAAGAUCAAGAGAAAAUUCACGCACUCACAUCUGAAAAGGCCAAUUUGAAAAAGACGCUGAGUAACCAGUAUGUGCCAGCCCAAACCCACGAAGAGAUUAAAACUGCCCUGAGCAACACAUUAGAUAAGACCAGUAGAGAGUUGUCUGAUGCAAAGAAGCGAUUCGAAGACGUAAACCAGGAACUUGUAAAAAUAAAAGACGAGAAUGAAAUAUUAAAAAGAAACCUUGAAACCACUCAGAAUCAAAUCAAAGCCAAGUACAUCAGCCUGGAGGAGCACGAGGGGAAGAUGAGCGCCGUGAGUCAGAGCCUGCAGGAGGUGCGGGAGGCGAACGCUGCAGUUCUGGCCGACCACCGCCGGGGCCAGGAGGAGAUCGCGUCGCUGCAUGCUGAAAUUAAAGCCCAGAAGAAGGAACUUGACACGAUCCAUGAGUGCAUCAAACUAAAAUACGCUCCCAUCAUCAGCUUUGAAGAGAGUGAGCGGAAAUUCAAAGCAACCGAGAAAGAACUAAAAGAAAAGCUAUCAGAGCAGACCCAGAAGUGCAGCGUCAGAGAAGAAGAAGUCAAGAAAAGCAAGCAAGAGAGUGAGAAGUUAAAGAGGGAGAUCGGUAACCUGCAGAAAGAGUUAAAGGAUAGGAAUGUCCUCGUGGAGAAUGCCCGUGACAUGGAAAGGGUGCUGAGCAGGAAAGCAGAAGAGCUCAGCAAACAGUUAAAAGAUCUGUCACAGAAGUACACUGACGUACAGGCCGAGAAGGAGACACUAGCAGAGGAAAAGGCCAGACAGACCUCUGAGAUCCUUGCAGUACAAAGUCUUCUGCAAAAUCAGCAUGUUCCAUUGGAACAGGUGGAGGCCCUGAAAAAAUCUCUUAAUGGCACCAUUGAGAACUUGAAGGAAGAACUGAAGAAUAAGCAGAAGUGCUUUGAGAAAGAGCAGCAGACAGUGAGCAAGCUGCAGCAGCUGCUGGAGAAUCAAAAGAACUCUUCUGUGCCCCUGGCAGAACACCUGCAGGUUAAGGAAGCAUUUGAGAAAGAGGUUGGCGUCAUGAAAGCUAGCUUGAGGGAAAAGGAAGAAGAAAGCCAAAACAAAACCCAAGAGGUCUCCAAGCUUCAGACUGAAGUUCAGAAUACUAAACAAGCGUUAAAAAAAUUAGAGACUAGAGAGGUAGUUGAUUUGUCUAAAUAUAAAGCAACGAAAAAGGACUUAGAGACCCAGGUUUCCAACCUAAAUGAAAAAUUGGCCAAUCUGAACAGAAAGUAUGAUGAAGUGUGUGAAGAGGUCUUGCAUGCCAAGAAGAAGAACUUAGCUACAAAAGAUGAGAAGGAAUUACUGCAUUUCAGCAUCGAGCAAGAAAUCAAGGAUCAGAAAGAACGAUGCGAUAAGUCCUUAACAACAAUCACGGAGUUACAGAGAAGAAUACAAGAAUCUGCUAAACAAAUCGAAGCCAAAGAUAAUAAGAUAACAGAACUGCUCAAUGAUGUAGAAAGACUAAAGCAGGCACUCAACGGCCUGUCCCAGCUCACAUACACCAGCGGGAGCCCCACCAAGAGGCAGAGCCAGCUGGUGGACACCCUGCAGCACCAAGUGAAGGCCUUGCAGCAGCAGCUGGCUGAUGCUGACAGGCAGCACCAAGAAGUAAUUGCAAUUUACCGGACACACCUUCUUAGUGCAGCACAGGGUCACAUGGAUGAAGAUGUCCAGGCAGCCUUACUGCAGAUCAUACAGAUGCGGCAGGGGCUGGUGUGCUAACGUCAGCACCUCCCGGCCCGCCUGCUUUGUCCUGCUGGUGCUGAGCAUUUCCUAUGCAACUCUCUGCCUCUUCUGGGCCUUACUUGGCUAGUAUAAUUAAAAUAAAAUAUAUUUUGUUCCAUCAA